AUGGUCAAUGACGAUGACGGCGAUGGCAGCAAUGGAAAUGAUGGUGAUGGCACCCAUAGAUAUCAAGCUCGACGCACUUCUCAAAGCUCAACUCCUACUCCAACUCAAAGUAAUAAUAGUGGUGGUUUAACACCAUCUGAUGGACGAGGUGAUGAUGGUGAUGAUGAAGGCACUUCUCACGAUGACGGUGGUGGUGGUAGCGGUGACAAUGACGGUGAUGGCGGUGAUGGUACUAGUUUUGGUGCAGGAAGUGAAGAUUUUAUUGAAGGAUUUGGAUUAUGUGAUGUUGGGGAACAUUAUAAUAUUAGAGAACCUGUUGCACCUUUACCCCAACUACCUAGGAGGUUUCGUGGUAGUGAUACACGUAGGGAUGAAAGAAGAAUAAGAAAUGGUGUGGAUAAUUCUGAAUGGCUAGAUUUGGUCUCAGAUGAUGAUGGUGGUGGUGGCAAUGACAGCAAUGGCGAUGGCGGCGAUGGCAGCGAUGGAAAUGAUGGUGAUGGCACCCAUAGAUAUCAAGCUCGACGCACUUCUCAAAGCUCAACUCCUACUCCAACUCAAAGUGAUAAUAGUGGUGGUUUAACACCAUCUGAUGGAGGAGGUGAUGAUGGUGAUGAUGAAGGCACUUCUCACGAUGACGGUGGUGGUGGUAGCGGUGACAAUGGCGGUGAUGGCGGUGAUGGUACUAGUUUUGGUGCAGGAAGUGAAGAUUUUAUUGGAGGAUUUGGAUUAUGUGAUGUUGGGGAACAUUAUGAUAUUGGAGAACCUGUUGCACCUUUACCCCAACUACCUAGGAGGUUUUGUGGUAAUGAUACAUGUAGGAACGAAAGAAGAAUAAGAAAUAGAGAACAACAGCUUGAUUCAUCUGAUAAUAGCCAUAGUUAUCCAUAUCACCCUUACCCAUCCUAUAGCAGUGAUAACCAGAGCUAUCCUUAUCCACCUCAAUAA